AUGAAUCUGUGUAGUGAAGUAGCGGUCUUCCUCGGAGGAUUCAUUGUUCUGAUUUACUUCUUCGUCAAACGCAAGUACUCCUACUGGGCAAAACUUGGAGUGUCUUCUGCAGAACCAAGUUUUCCUUGGGGAAAUAUCGGUCAAGUGGGAUCGAAGUUGCAUUCAACGGAAUUGUUUCAACAGUUCUACAGAAGAUUCAAAGGGAAAGCCCCCUUUAUGGGAUUCUACGCUACAAUAGCACCGCAAGUCUUUCUGAUGGACCUUGAUCUUAUUCAGAGAAUCUUAAUCAAGGAUUUCCAGUACUUCCACGACAGGGCUCAAUAUUAUAACCUCGAGGAUGAUCCUAUAUCUGCCCAUCUCUUUAACAUUGAUGGUGAAAAGUGGAAGACCCUAAGAGCUAAGAUCUCACCUACCUUUACCAGCGGGAGAAUGAAGAUGAUGCUUCCAACAGUGAUUGAUGUUGCUCAAAACUUCCAUAAAAUCUUGCUUGAUAGGAUCGGUGAUAAAGCUGAGAUUGAAAUUAAGGAUUAUCUUUCGCGUUUCACCACUGAUGUUAUAGGUUCUUGUGCAUUCGGACUCGAUUGCAAUAACCUUCGGGACCCUAAAGUGAAAUUCCGUAUUUACGGCGAUCAGGUUCUUGGUAAAAGUUGGUGGAAAAUUAUAGUAAACAGCUUCGCAAAAUCUCAUAUAGAACUGGCUCGAAAAUUGCAUAUUACAACAACUGAUAAAGACGUAUCUGAUUUCUACCGUGGUGUUGUCUUUGAUACGAUUAAGUAUCGAGAAGAGAAUGGGGUUCAACGGAAUGAUUUCUUGAAUUUGUUGAUGCAGAUCAAGGAUCGUGGGAACCUAGAUGGCAACACUAUUGACAAUGAAGGGAAAUUGACUUUGGAAGAGAUUGCCGCACAAUCUUUAGUGUUUUUCUUAGCAGGAUAUGAGACAAGUUCAACUACCAUGACAUUCGCCUUAUACGAAAUGGCGAAGAAUCCGGAGAUACAAGAAAAAGCACGAAAAAAUGUGCUUGAUAUUCUGGAUAAAUAUAACGGGGAAUUUACUUACGAAGCAUCCAUGGAGAUGACUUAUCUCGAUCAAGUUAUCAAUGAAACGUUAAGAAAGUACCCGUCAUUGGGAAGUUUAACACGUCGCAUCGUUCAAGAUUAUGCAGUACCUGGGACUAAGUUUGUUCUGAAGAGAGGUCUCAGCGUUAUUAUACCCAUCCAUGCAAUACAAAAUGAUCCGGAAAUAUAUCCAGAUCCAGACAAAUUUGAUCCAGAACGAUUUUCAGUGGAAAAUUCCAAAAAUCGUCACAGUGCUGCAUUUUUGCCAUUUGGAGAUGGUCCUAGAAAUUGUAUAGGCCUGCGUUUUGGUAUGAUGCAGGUUCGUGUUGGAUUGGUGACUAUUCUAAGGAGCUUCAACGUAGGAAUCUGUUCACGAACACCUGAUCCACUCAUUCUAAAGAAGAACAGUUUAACGAUGACCCCUCAGGGAGGUAUGUGGAUCAGACUAAAGAGGGUUCCUGAAUGAAUGAAUUUAUGCUGGGGUAAAGUUUCUGAGAUAAUAUAAAAAUCUUGAAGAAAUUGGCUACCUUCCUAAGAAGUUUGAGUCUCCUAUCAUAUUUUCAUCAUAUUCUCUAU